CUAAAGGCUGUGUUUUCAUUUUUCCUACAUCAGCUGGGGCUGCCCUUCUGCCUGGCAUAAAAGCUGCCCCAUGGAGCUCAGGCAGCAAUCACGUCCCAGACAGAGCUCGAAAUUGACAGAAAGAGUCGAGGCCGAGACACAGGCUGAGAUCUGGAAGAGGAGACUGAAAAGAACAGAGACUCCAAACAAGACCCAGAGAGACCCCGGGUGACAGCCUCAGAGUGGUCCUUCUGCUGACGAAGACCAGAGAUCAGGAAUGAAACGAGGCCUGAUCGGGGGUUGCAUGGCAGUACUGGUGCUGAUGGCCGCAGUGCUGAUGGCCGCAGUGCUGACCGUCACUGGAGCAGUUCCUGUCACCAAGCCCCUCGGGGCCCUCCCGGAUGCAAGGGGCUGCCACAUAGCCCAGUUCAAAUCCCUGUCGCCAAAGGAGCUACAGGCCUUUAAGAGGGCCAAAGAUGCCUUAGAACAGUCACUUCUGCUGAAGGACUGCAGGUGCCACUCCCGCCUCUUCCCCAGGACCUGGGACCUGAGGCAGCUGCAGGUGAGGGAGCGCCCCGUGGCCUUGGAGGCCGAGCUGGCCCUGACGCUGGAGGUUCUGGAGGCCACUGCUGACAAUGACACAGCCCUGGGGGACGUCCUGGACCAGCCCCUUCACACCCUGCACCACGUCCUCUCCCAGCUCCGGGCAUGUGUCCAGCCUCAGCCCACGGCAGGGCCCAGGCCCCGGGGUCGCCUCCACCACUGGCUGCACCGGCUCCAGGAGGCCUUGAAAAAGGAGUCCCCUGGCUGCCUGGAGGCCUCUGUCACCUUCAACCUCUUCCGCCUCCUCACGCGGGACCUGAAAUGCGUUGCCAGCGGGGACCUGUGUGUCUGACCUUCCCACCUCCCUGCCACCCAUCAUGGAAUCUGAGAUUUUAUUUAUAC